AUGCUGACAGCAAAGCUCGCGCCGAGCCGCGGUUGCUGGCGCCGGUUUGAUGUGUGCCGCCGCCAUGUGUGGAACCCCACCGUAGCUCUUGCAUUGGCCGAGCGGUCUGCCAGCCUGCUGCGCACCUACCAGCAUUUGGUGCCGAGUGAGCAUGAGAGAUGGUGUGAGAAGGAUGUCGCGUGCUGGGACGUGGGCUUUGUGAACCAGAGAAAGCUUACACGAGGGCAACGCAUCAGCAGCGGGCACUUCGCCUUCACAGGCUUUGGGCUGAGUCGCUUUUUCUGGGACUUCUACCCAAGUGGCUCCGAGCUGUCGCAGCCCGGCCACUCCGCGCUUUUCUUGUUCGGCCCUCCGGGAUUCCAGAUUCAAGGCGAAGUGAAGCUGACCUCGGACCAUGAAGUGCGUCAGCUACAAGUCGACCAUGCCUUCGUGAACCAGACCUUCGACAUUUGGCCCAGCAGAUUUCCUACUUUGAGGCCGGUCAACUUGCCUUGGUCAGUGGGAGUGGGCGAUCAUAACUUCUGCAAGGCGAGCGACCAGUUCCGUUCCAUCGAUUUUCACCUUCUCCAAGUGACGCGGUUCACGGCGGUGUAG